ACUACAGCUCCCAGCAGCCCCCGCGGUGCGCCCCGGUCGACGCCGGGGAAGCCGCCGCCAUUGUCCGCGGCUGAGGUGAGGCCUUCGCUCUGGCUGUGGGGCCGCCGUAGCUGCCGGGCUCGGGGGUUGGGAGAGCCGGCGGGGAGAGGCGGCGCCAGGGCGGGUCCCGCGCCUGCACUGUCCGCACCGGCUUUGCGCCCUGGGUGCCCUCGGGCCUCCCACCCGCCUCUGCCUCUGGCCUCCCGCUUCCCGCCUGCGGGCGCGCUUCCUCGUCCGGCCGUACGGGCCUGGGUGAACCCUGCACGUCGGCUCCGCGCGCCUUUGUCCCCGAGGCCGCGCCCGGACCUCCCAGGCGCGCUGCCGGGCCGGACCUCGGCGCGGGACGGAAGCCGAGCGCCCCAGGCGAGGCGACCCCGAGCCUGCUGCGCCGCCGUCACGGGGGAGCCGCGGCUGCGAGUCAGGUGAGGCCGGGACGAGCUUCUGCAGCGUCGCGGCCGCGUCGGUCUCGCGAGGACAUUUGGGUCGGGAGCUCUGGAAGCAGGUGGUACGGAUGCUUCUGAGGCCGUGGAGGGGACGAAUAACCCCGUUCCUUCCCCAGCCCGGCCGCCCCCCGCCGCCGGUUCACACAGAGCACUGCGACGGACGUCAGACCCGGCUUGGAAACGGCUCUGGAUUCGCUUCAACGUGCGGUGACGGCGGCGGCCACCGUCGAGUUGCAAAUCACCGUGCGAAAUGCGGUUUGCAUUCUGCGUUUUCGCGCUGAUUCCGGUGCUCCUGAGGCUCACUGGGCGUUCUAGUGCUUUAUACACGAACCCAGCGAUCCACUAAAGAGGUGGGGAAUUGCACUGUUCCUGGCAGGUGUCUGGUCAGUCAGUCCUCAGGAUGGCAGCCAUCAACCCGUGGGCCUCCUGGGGUGCCCUUACGGACCAGUCUUGGGGGAUGACAGCUGUUGACCCAUGGGCUUCCUGGGCUCUGUGUCCUCAGGAGCCUGCCUGGCACAUGGAGGGGAGCCCCGAGGAGGGGAGGAGGGCCGCUGGGCUCCCAGCAGCCCAGGUUCAGGAACCAGUGACCUUCAAGGAUGUGGCUGUGGACUUCACCCAAGAAGAGUGGGGGCAGCUGGACCUUGUUCAGAGGACUCUGUACCGUGAUGUGAUGCUGGAGACCUAUGGGCACCUGCUCUCUGUGGGAAAUCAGAUUGCCAAGCCUGAGGUCAUUUCCCUGUUGGAGCAAGGAGAAGAGCCGUGGUCAGUGGAGCAGACAUGUCCUCAACGUGCUUGUCCAGAAUGGAUGAGAAAUCUUGAAAGGAAAGCAUUGAUCCCAGCACAGAGCAUUUUUGAGGAAGAACAAUCCCAUGGCAUGAAGUUGGAAAGAUACAUAUGGGAUGAUCCUUGGUUCUCCAGGUUAGAAGUUUUGGGAUGUAAAGACCAAUUAGAAAUGUAUCACAUGAACCAGAGUACAGCUAUGAGGCAGAUGGUUUUCAUGCAAAAGCAAGUACUAUCCCAGAGAAGCUCUGAAUUCUGUGAAUUUGGGGCAGAGUAUAGCCAGAACUUAAACUUUGUUCCAUCGCAGAGGGUUUCUCAGGUAGAACAUUUUUAUAAGCCUGAUACGCAUGCUGAAAGUUGGAGAUGUAACUCAGCCAUAAUGUAUGCAGAUAAGGUUACCUGUGAAAAUAAUGAUUGUGACAAAACUGCUUACCAGUCCAUUCAGCCUGUUUACCCUGCAAGAAUACAAACUGGAGAUAAUCUUUUCAAAUGUACUGAUGCUGUUAAAUCUUUCAAUCAUAUAAUACAUUUUGGUGAUCAUAAAGGAAUUCACACAGGAGGAAAACUCUACGAAUAUAAGGAAUGCCAUCAAAUCUUUAACCAGAGCCCAUCAUUUAAUGAACACCCAAGGCUUCAUGUAGGAGAAAACCAGUAUAAUUACAAAGAAUAUGAGAAUAUAUUUUAUUUCUCAUCCUUUAUGGAACAUCAAAAAAUUGGUACUGUAGAGAAAGCAUAUAAAUACAAUGAAUGGGAGAAAGUCUUUGGGUAUGACUCAUUCCUUCAACAUACAAGUACUUACACUGCAGAGAAACCCUAUGACUACAAUGAAUGUGGUACAUCUUUCAUUUGGAGCUCUUACCUUAUUCAACAUAAGAAAUCUCAUACUGGAGAAAAACCCUAUGAAUGUGAUAAAUGUGGAAAAGUUUUUAGGAAUCGCUCAGCCCUUACUAAACAUGAACGGACUCACACUGGAAUAAAACCCUAUGAAUGUAAUAAAUGUGGAAAAGCCUUCAGCUGGAAUUCUCAUCUUAUUGUACAUAAGAGAAUUCAUACAGGAGAAAAACCAUUUGUUUGUAAUGAGUGUGGGAAAUCUUUCAACUGGAACUCUCAUCUUAUUGGACAUCAGAGGACUCAUACAGGAGAGAAACCUUUUGAAUGUACUGAAUGUGGGAAAUCAUUCAGCUGGAGCUCCCAUCUUAUCGCCCAUAUGAGAAUGCAUACUGGAGAGAAACCCUUUAAAUGUGAUGAAUGUGAAAAAGCUUUUAGAGACUACUCAGCCCUUAGUAAACAUGAAAGAACUCAUUCCGGAGCAAAACCAUAUAAAUGUACUGAAUGUGGAAAAUCCUUCAGCUGGAGCUCUCAUCUUAUUGCCCAUCAGAGAACUCACACGGGAGAGAAACCCUAUAAUUGUCAGGAAUGUGGCAAAGCAUUCAGAGAACGCUCAGCCCUCACUAAACAUGAGAUAAUUCAUUCUGGAAUUAAGCCCUAUGAAUGUAAUAAAUGUGGAAAAUCCUGUAGCCAGAUGGCUCACCUUGUUAGACAUCAAAGGACUCAUACUGGAGAAAAACCCUAUGAAUGCAAUAAAUGUGGAAAAUCCUUCAGUCAGAGCUGUCACCUUGUUGCUCAUCGGAGAAUUCACACUGGUGAGAAACCCUAUAAAUGUAAUCAAUGUGAAAGAUCCUUUAACUGUAGUUCUCACCUCAUUGCACACCGAAGAACUCAUACUGGAGAGAAACCAUACAGGUGUAAUGAAUGUGGGAAAGCAUUUAAUGAGAGUUCAUCCCUUAUUGUACACCUAAGAAACCAUACUGGAGAAAAGCCCUACAAAUGUAAUCAUUGUGAGAAAGCAUUCUGUAAGAAUUCUUCCCUUAUUAUUCAUCAGAGAAUGCAUAGUGGAGACAAACGCUUUAUAUGCAGUGAAUGUGGAAAAGCCUUUAGUGGUCACUCAGCCCUACUUCAACACCAGAGAAAUCACAGUGAAGAGAAACUGAAUUGAAUUUAUGAGAGUUUUUCAUUUAUUGUACAGUUGACAACACAUUGAGGAAAACCCUGUAAGUGUAAUCAAGAGGGGACAUUUUUCAUUAAGAGUUCGGUAAGGCUUCUCCUGCAUUAUUUACUAGAAAAUAUCAUCUUAGAAGAAACCCCAUGAAGGAAAAGAAUAGGGAAAAGCUUUCAGCAGUUAUAUAGCCCUUAUUCAAAAUCAGAUAAUUGCAAUGGAGAAAACUCUAAACUCCCCUUAGGGUCCACCAGUAAUUCACACUUGAGGACCAUGACUGUGUGGAAUGAGGCAUCUUUUAGCAAGAGCUCUCACCUACGUAUAGAUUGGUGUGAAUUGCUAGGGGAACACCUUAUGCAGAGAAAAGUUUUUUGACUGGAAAUAUACUGUUUUGCAUCAAGCUGGAGUAUCGGAUGGAAAACUUUAACAUUUUGUGCAUAAUUGUAGAAAUACAGAUUUUGUUGUGAUAAGGGGAGGGUUUAGGUGCCCUUUAAGGAGUAGAAUAUGAAAUACUAAAUCUGAAUGUAAGAAAAACAAUAGUAUUGAAUGGGGUAUUUACUGUUGAUUAAACUCCUUAGAGAAAACUAAUGAAUGAGAUGACUAAUGGUAGAAAAGUUAUUGCCUAGGAGUGUUAGACUGAGGUUGCUGGACAGAACGUGAUCCUUAGCCCAGUGUGUCAGCAUCCAUUGUUACUCGUCACUGCAUUGUUGGGCCAUUAGUUUGUAAUUUGUUUUAGGCAAUCACUAUAAAUUAUAAUUAUGAACACUACGUCAAUAUACAUAACAUGAAGGAAUAAAAAGGGUACAGAACUGUGUAUACAUAUUUACUGUAGCAGAUCUAAAAAAAUCUAUAUGGACAAGGACCUGAAAGAUCCAUGGAAAAAUUUACCCAGUUAAUUUGAGAUUUAAAAAAAAGUUUUGCAAAUACAU